GGCGCGCAGCAGAGCCCCGCGGCCUCCGCUGACAUUUUCUCUGGCGUCGGGGGCGCGGCGGAGACCCGGCUCCUCCCGGCCGCCCAUGCUCCAGCUGCUCCCCCCCGGGGGGGAGGCCAGGAGGGGCCUUCGCCGUCCAGGCCGCCGUAUUGCUGAAAACCAGAACUAGCUGACCCCGUCUUCCAGGCUGCGUGCUCCAUGCUUUGAGACCGAGAGGACCUUGGUGUUCUGAAAUGAAGAUGGAGGCAGUGGGAAAAGCAGAAGAACUUUUGGAUUCAGAAGUUCCACCAAAGGCUUCUGAGAAGCAGGAGACAGCUCCUGAUGAAGAUGGACCUAUAGAGCUGGAGACGCGUACUCAGAAAGACAGCGUGCCCGCUGCAUCAGACUCUGCAGUGCUCUCUUCGAUGCCUUGCUUACUGAUGGAACUGAGACGAGACUCCUCGGAGUCUCAGCUAGCAUCUGCAGAGAGCGAUAAGCCAACGGGUGGUCGAGUUUAUGAGAGUGACUCUUCUAAUCAUUGCAUGCUUUCUCCUUCUUCCAGUGGGCAUUUGGCUGACUCAGAUACGUUGUCUUCCACAGAAGAGAAUGAGCCCUGUCAAGCUGAAGCUGUUGUGGAAGAAGACCCUUCUGGGGUCUCUGGGGCUGCAGCUGGGAGGAAAUCCAGGCGAUCCAGGUCCGAAAGUGAAACCUCAACAAUGGCUGCCAAGAAAAACCGACAGUCUGUUGAUAAGCAGAACGGUCGAGUUACCAAGGUAAAAGGUCACCGAAGCCAAAAGCACAAAGAAAGAAUCCGGCUGUUAAGGCAGAAACGGGAGGCAGCUGCUCGCAAGAAGUACAACCUGCUGCAGGACAGCAGUACCAGUGAUAGUGACCUGACGUGUGACUCAAGCACGAGUUCAUCAGAUGAUGAUGAAGAGGUUUCAGGGAGCAGCAAGACAAUCACUGCAGAGAUACCAGGGAGUCAAAAGGCAUUUAAUAUUCAAAAGGAACUACAUUUUAGGAAAAAAGCUGGCUUCAGUCGUGCUGGGGGAUCUGGAGGAGCGACCAGGGAAAUUCCAGGAUUGCUUGACAGGGGCACCGUGUGGGAUAGGAACUGCAUAGGCAAUGUCCUGGAAGAGGCCAUGAACUGCUUUGCCGAGAUGCAGAGGCAGACAGAGGAGAAAUUUCGCAUGUGGAUAGAAAAGCUAACCCGUCUUGACACGGAUGAAGAAAGCAAGCAGCAACUGGAGCCCAGGGAACCUAAAAUGCAACUAGUUGGCCAAAGAGUCCCCCCUACCACACAGUCAGGGGCUUUCAUACAGAUGCCUGAUAGCCAAGUACUUCCUCAGCAGUCGUUUAAUUCUUACAUGGGCUGUCAGAAUGUCGAUGCUACGCUAGAGUUUCCAGCGACUUUUAAUAACAAUUUUCCACCUAUCUUUCCAGAGAAUGGGAAUAUUGCAGAGCCUGAUUUGAAUCAAUCAUAAACUUAAAGAAAAAAAUAUAUAUACAUAUAUAUAUAUAUAUAUAUAUACAUACAUAUAUCUCGUAUCUUUGCAAUCUUGGUGUUACUUUGGAUUAUGCUAAAAACAAGGUUUGCUUUUCAUAUUUAUUUGUUUUGUUUUUCCCUUCUGGGUUUGAUUACCAUGGCAACUUUGUUUUAAUUUAUAGAGAGUAUAUAUGUAGUUUAAAUAAAAAACAAACAACAAAACAAAGCCAGAAAACAAAACACAGCAUACCUAUGUGCAUGUGCCAGCACAGACAUAAACACCUGUAAAGGGAGCGGGUGGGUGGGGAAACGCUGUGGGCUUUCAUCAGCUGACUUGGGAAGAUAUAAGUUAGAAUCCUUUGGAGUUUAAGUACUCCAGAAGCCAUAGAGCUGCGUUUGUUACAAUAGGAGCUUUAGGACUGUUCAUCCAAAUGCUCUUCCUGCAUGUUAAAGCAUUUAUAUAAGGAAAUAAGUUUCAUAUUUAAAGAUGUACCCUCGAGAACCAGACUAGAUACAGACCCGUAACAUUUCCUUAGCUCUGUGCUCACUCCCAAGUUCUGCAGCUUGAAUGCGGCACACAUUACUUUUUCUUCUUCCUUUUCAGGCAGAAGUAAUAAAUAAGCUUACCCUGAAGAUUUAGCUAUAUAUAACCAAUGUGCACAACUGACAUUUUGUCUCCCGUUUAGUAGAUCAUUUCUGUCCGGAGUUUUUAUUAAUGUCACUGCUGUGUUGCAUAUGGCAUAUUUAUGGAAGCAGCUGUCCUUAAAGCGUGUGCAAAAAUAUGCACACGUAUACAUACGAAUGUGGUCAGUUUGGGUGGAAAUCCAUCUCUAACUUCAGGUGUCUGGUUUAGCUGUUCUGCAGAUCUCAGGAAAGAGAGAAGCGCCUACAGAGGAUAUCCCCUGGCAGUGUCUUCCUCUUCCGUGAGUUAUCUCAGCUCCCAAACAGAUAAGAUAACUUUGGGCUAAAGUUAGGCGAGAUGAAUCACGCCCAAAGCACGUGUGUGUGCAUGCAUGACCCGUGCACACAAAGCACUGCUGCUUCCCUAUGUAUAUACGAGCAAUCUGCAUCCUUCAUGCUGCAAUACAAGUAGUGGUGUCAGUCCUGAGAUAAGCUGGUGGACAGGUUGGUUCUUUGCACAGGAAUUUAAGCAAAAGGCAUGACAGACAGAUCAGUAAGCGCUGUGCUGGUCUGAAAGUGUGGUUUGCUGCUCCGGGUCGGAGCCAGAGCUUCUGAACCACGCUGGAAUGCCACUGAGAUGGUUAUUUUACCUGAGACUGGGAAUGCCAGGACGUUAGUUUCAUUUAAGUAAUACAAUAACUUGCAAUCGUGUGGAUUUUUUUAUACUGAUAGUUAUCCUGAAUAGGCAGGCUUGAAAACUGUGAUGUUUAAAGUAGAAUUAAUUUAACAUGUAUAUUAGAAACCUCUAUUUAAUUCUUACUGCUAUCGCUACACGCAGGGAUUGCUGUUCACCUCUCCAAGUAAGGCCUUUCUUCACGUGAAGUAACUUCUCCAUAGCUACCAAAAAAUGUACGCUCCUCAUCAGUUAGAACUUGUUAAACGAUUCUAAUGCAAAUAAAGCAGAAAUUGUGAUAAAGGAAGUGGAGAGUCUUUGCAUAGGCAUAGUUUAAGCAAAGAGAACGCUGUAGGUCUCUUUAGGCUCUGUUACUUCGGUUCUUACACAUCAGUCGCUGCUGAUUACUUAUUUAUUUUUAAUUAUUUUAGUGCAGUUCCUUUCCUUUCUGUUGGAAUUUAGCACUGCGUCUUCCACAGCUCUUAAUUUCUUCCUUCCUGAUGUCGGUGGGUGUUUUUUUCCAUCAGUCUGUAGGUUUUGGAUCAAUCCCGCAAAGGAAACCCAACGAAUGCUUUUUUAUUCUCGGCGUAACACUCUCAUGGGUGCUUCAACAUUAUUAUUUUCCUCCAUUAAAAAAAAAAAAGAAAAAGAAAAAUGCCUGAUGCCUUCAUUAAAAGGGAGCUUAGAGAGCUGUGUUACUUUGAGAGGACUUGCCUGGAGGACUGUGCAGGAGGCGGUUUUUAAGGACCGGAAUAAAUUCUUUGCAGAUGACCUUCGCGCAUAAUUUUGAUACAAAGAUUUUUGAUAUAACCUUAGGAGAAAACUCCCUCAUCCGAAAUGCUCUGCAUUUUUAAAUGACCUGUAGGUAAGCGUCACGUGGGUUAAAUUAUGUCAAUUGCCAUUUAAUACGCUUGUCUUGUUUAAAAUCAAGAUCCUUUCAGGGAAGAUAAUUUACUGAUAUAAGAGAAAAAAAAAAAAAAAAAAGUCCUUCUGUUGUUCAUAGAUUUGCUACGUAUACCUUUAUGACAAUGAUAAGAGCAGCAUAUUUCAAAGCAUGACAACUUUAUGAGCCUUCCCAUGCAUGCAGAAGCAGCUUUUUGCAGUGACUGCUUUCCUUCCAUGCGCAGGCAUCGCUUUGACUCGGUGUCUCUGUAAGCAUGCUGUUAACUUUUUUUAAUAAAUAAAAUAGUACACGUGGGGCAAUUAAGUAUUUCCAAACCAAUUUUGUAAGGGGAUCUGCUGAACGUAUUUUUUCGCUCAGAUGUAAACUGACUUUUAUGUACUGAUCUCAUAAAUGGAGAUUAACUUUGGGGAUGUAGCCAGUGAAAUCUCUGCCAACCUUCAGUGUCGUGUUCAGUGUUUUUUCUUUCCUUCUUCAAAAAAUGGAAACCACACACAUCAGAGCCUUCAGCCGUCCUAACUCCCUUCAGUGCAUGAGUUAGGGUGCGUGAGGGAAUACCUGCUCUGUUGUUGCUGAGAUGAGGCAGGAGCAUCCGACGGCUUCGGAGCACCACGACGCAGUGCCCUGCAGGCAGCAGUGCCAGCGCUGUGAUGUCUCUGUGUUUCAGGUUGGGCAUCUCUUUGAGCCAGCAGCUUUCAGGGCUCCUGAUAGGUAACUACAGAUUUUCGUGGGCUUAUUUUUUUUGUUUGUUUGUUUGUUCUUCUGGAAAACUGGAAAUAUUCUUGCUGUAGUACAUGACUGCGGUUGGUUUGUCGUGGUUUCCAUUCUAGGCUUAUUUUCAAAGGGCUUUGACUAGAAACUUUCAGGGAGUUAGAACUUCUUUAGCUGAAAUUUUAGCAUCGGUUUUGAUCUCAUCCAUUAAAGUGUUUCAUCAAAGUAGUCCACGUUUAUGUAAGGGUAUCAGGAGCAAUCUCUCGCUCCCGCUUGAAGAUAGGUUUUGAAUGUCCGUUUGCGUUCCCAUCUCAACACGUUGCUCCAAAAACGCUGAGUUUAGCAAACAGAAAUGAGUAGGAGUUCUGCCCAGAGCUGGAAUUUUUAUACUUUUCCUACGUCUUAUACUUCAGAAUGGAGGAAAGAAACUGUUUGUUUGUUUCCUAAAUAAUUACUUGCAAUUUUACGGCUUUGAAAGAGCAAACACAUCAGGAUAGAUCAGCUGCUGCAGACAGGUAGAGCUCCGGUGGCCCAUUCGAGCUCCUGGAUUACCAUUUUUAACAUCGAAUUAAGCCUGAAUUUGCAGGGCUUAUUUAGGAAAUAAAUACAUGUUUUUUAAAGCAGCCCACGGCGCGAAACAAAUUCCAAGUCAGUAUUUCUAUUGCAAAAAGUGGGACAAAAAAAGAACCCCCCAGCAACACAACAUGUUAGACCUUCGGACAGACUGUUCUUUGGUGUUAGGGCAGAAUAAUCCAGGCAGAGGUACAGACCUGUAUUUAAGUUCAUGGUGUCUUGUAGCGUUGUUGCAGGACUGUGGGGAUACUUUAUUGGAGCUGCUAAACUCAGGAGCGGAGGACCAAUCUUGACUCCAAUGAACUGGGGUUAUGUCUGAUGGUUAUUUUGCAAACUGAAGCAUAUUUAUGUUAUGACAGAUGUUUCUCGUUGAUGUAUUUUGUGUCACAUACUGUAAAUGUCACCAAAGGCAUUGGAAGUUAAAUCCUAGCCCCAUUAAAACCGGUAGAAUGCUUCUACCCGUUUCAAUGGGGCUAGAGGUUCACCUCAUUGAAAGCUGAACUUGCUGAGCAGUUCUUUGGAUGCAGACUGCUUUCAGGGACCCCCUGCCCCAUGGGAGGUGUAAGGUGGGAUCCCUGAGCAGAUGCUCCUGUAACAGUGGAGGUCUGCAUUGGGAGCACUCGAACAGCUUGUACUGUAGAAGCGAAAUCCUCAGGCUGAUUGAUGAGGAUGGACAGCACUUUGCAAAACCACAAAGCUAGAAAACAGCCUUUCUGACAGAUUUUAUUAGUCUCACGGUGUUGGAUCAGCACAACGAAGGCACAUGGAAAACAAGCUGAUUAAAUUAGAAGUGAUUUUGAGAGCUGUGUUAAAUCUCAGGCUAGCCAGGCAGCGGUGAGCCUGGAUCAGGUGCUGCAUUGAGCCCUGCCAUGGGGAGGAUGCAGUGUGCACUCCCCACAUCUCCAGCUCUAAGGGUUCUGAUUGCAAACAGUGAUGUUUUUUGGAGAGGUGCAUCUGCUCACCAGCCCUGUGCAGCUGUAAGUCGCAUUCACACGGGGCCGUUUCUGUUCUCAUAGCAAGAGUGAUACGUCUGCUUCCACAAUUAGGGGGUCAUGAAGCAGCACCAGUGAAAACGAGCUCUGUCUCCACGUGAAGCACACACUGCUGACAUGCUCAGCAAACAGCCAUGUAUCUCCACGUGCCUUUGCUGAAUGCACAGUGAGAAUAGCUUUGUGUCCCUCUGUGCAAUCUGGUGAAACGAAUCCAAUCCAUUUUCCGUCUGCUCAUCAAAAAAGCCUGAAAGGAUAUGAAUGUUGGUCAGCGAGACUUGCAUUUGAGACCUCUUCUGGUGCGAUGCAUUAUAAGCAAUCCGGUCUGAGAACAGACACUCACUUGAUCGUGUUGUUUGAACUUCACUGUUUUAUAGUUUACUGUGUGAAAUGAAGGAAACUGUGAAAGAAAUUGAUGCAUUGGUCCUUUUUUUUUUUUUUUUUUUUUCCUGUUGUUGUUGCUCACCUUAUGAUUUUAGGGAGAAUGUUGUUGUUACACUACUGUUGUUUUUCUUCUUUCUUUUCCCAAUUGUAGUGACCAUGUAUUCUUCGCCUAACCCUGUACAUUCUGAAAUGUAACUCCUGUAACCUGGAAUAAAUAAAUAAACCUAAAUAGCAA